ACGCGCGAACAAGGACAUCAUCUUUUUUUUUUUCGUUCACUAACCUCAACUUCUUCGCAGCGCGGCGCGUCUGUCGCUUCUCACGAGAGGCUUUCGGUUCAUUUGAGGAUUCGUUCGGCGAUUUUUUAUUUCUACCUGCUUUCUGCAUCCGACCUACAUAUGGACAUACCGAGGGACGAUUUCUGCUUUAAACCUCUCGACAUGAGAUGAGACCCGGAGGAGAUGUUAUGUACACUGAAUAACGAAAAGAAGAGGACGCGCUAUUUUGGCACAUGAUUUGGACACAGAUCACAUGCGCGGAAUAUAAAGGGGCGAAUAGAAACUGGUUAUAUGGUUUUUACGAACCUUUCAUUUCAGGACUGCUAAAAAAGCUAUAUAUUAUCAUAUUGCUAUAAGAUAGCAAAUGUCAAGGGCAAUGCAGUAUGCUGAUUCAUAUAUUGUGCGAUGGGUUUUCUAACCAUAACGUAAGGGAAGUGUUAUAGCAAAUAUUAUAUAGGUUUCUUGUAAUAUGCAAUUUAAGCAGAUGAUGGUGGUACUCCAAAGCCAUUUGGCAUAUAUUCAGCAUAGGAUAUAACAAUCUUUAUCGUGGCAUUAGGGGUUAAGGUUGGAAUGUGUUUCUUUGGCAUAAUUUGCUAAUUAGCAUUAGUCGUUUAUAAGUCUUAAUUUAGAAGACAAGAAAAGGCAGGAUCCUUCAGAGACCGUAAUCAGCUUAAGGUCUACAGUAACUGUAGCUGGUGGCACUUUUGCAUUGUGCGUCUCCAUCGCUUUCCAGCCCCCAAGUGGCCUGUUAUUAUAGUAUUUCCAAUAUAAUGGACCCCAGUACCAUGGAUGAUGGUUCCUCCAGCACUGGCAUGGAGAUGGAGAUCAUGCCUGGCUACGUGGAGUUCAUCGUUAGAGCAUAUUCAGUCAUGUUUAGUGCCUUUAGAGACUGUAAAGACUGUGGGCUGGAGCUGUCCAGAAGAACCUUGCUGGAUCAUGCAUACAUCACCUGGACGGAGAUCUUCAUGUUCCUCAUGUGCGCGGUCAUGUGGACGAAAAUGCGCAGAGGACUGACCGUGUACUUCUUUGAGCCUUUUGCACAGUGGUGUUGUAUUCAACCAAAAGAUGUCUCAAAGAUGCCGGAGAGUGCGUGGAAGCUGGUCUUCUACACAAUGUCAUGGUCAUAUAGUACCUACCUUUUGUUUUUCACCAGCUAUUCCUUCUUUCAAAACCCCCCAUCUGUGUUUUACGACUGGAAGAGUGGGAUGUCGGUCCCCACUGAUAUCACAAUAGCUUACCUAAUCCAGGGCAGCUUCUACGGCCAUUCUAUAUAUGCCACCAUCUACAUGGACGCCUGGAGGAAGGACUCCCUCGUCAUGGUGGUACAUCACUUUAUCACUCUGGCCCUGAUCACAUUCUCCUAUGCUUUCAGAUACCACAACAUAGGCAUUCUGGUCCUCUUUCUUCAUGACAUCAAUGACAUUCAGUUGGAAUUCACCAAGAUCAACGUUUACUUCAAGACCCGGGGAGGGAAAGAGUACUUCAUCAACGAUGUCCUGUCCAACAUGGGGUCUGUUAGUUUUAGCAUCACAUGGUUUUGGUUCCGUUUGUACUGGUUCCCCCUCAAAGUUCUGUGGGCCUCCUGUGUCACCAGCAUCCAGUCGAUUCCCCACAUCCCUUUCUACUUCUUCUUCAAUAUACUCCUGUUUGCCCUGCUCCUCAUGAAUAUCUACUGGUUCCUGUUCAUUGUGCUGUUUGUGGUGAAGGUCCUGACGGGCCAGAUGACGGAGGUAAAUGAUGUCCGGGAAUACGAGGAUGAGGACCUAAAGGAGAAAAAAGACACUAAUGAUCAGAUGCCUGCUGAAGGGAAACAUGUGCAGAACGGGAUCAAUAAGAAGAAACAUCUAUAAUGUCUAAGUGCUGCCACCUGCAGGCACUUAAUGAUGACGGCAAGGUACUUCUGUGAACUAGUUUGAUUCUAACCUCAGAACGCCAAGGUGCUUGGACGGUCAUAAGAAGAAACAAUAUGGACCAUCAUUUGCAUUUUAUCCUGAUUAUUAUAAUAUAAUUGUAAUAGCACUGUGAAUGUUGUCAUCUGUCUUGUGUAUUGCUUGAUUUUACGUUAAAUGACCUCUCAUUAACUGUUAAUCAGGAUCUUACGGUGGGAGUGACGAUGAUAUCUCUGCCUGUGAGAAACAAACCCAUGCAUUUCGGAGAACGACGGAAACCAUGAUAAACCGGUUUUGUGGUUGUCAUCUGGGACCACCGUUUCUGUUGUUCAGGUGUAUUUAUUUUUUAAUUCCAGGAGUGAAAUUUUUUUAAUGCGUAACACGAGUACUAGUGAGGUGGUUCUCAAAUGGAGGGUUGAAGGUCUGAUCUGAAAAGCAAUGAAAACGUAUAAACGCAAAUGAUAAAAACAAACACAGUUAUGUAAUAACACAUAGUUAAGGCAGUAUAUGAAGCAAAUUCUUACCGUAUCUUUUGUUGUUGGCAUCUUCGGGCAGGUUUAGCAUCAAAUCAGGGUUAACUGAAUUUGGUUCGCCCAUGUUCAUUAUUAGUAACUAGUCAAAUCAGGACAUAUGCAAGUGUCCCAAAAAAUGAAUGAAAUCACAAACCAAAAAACAUUAAAAAUAUAAUAAAUACAGAUAUACACGAAAAAACUGUAUAUGCCGAAGUCACAUUAGAUAUUCUUAUGCAUGCUGCAUAUUAAAAAGUAAUAAAAAAAAUGACUUUAUGCUUUGAAAUAAGUUUAUUUUUCUGACCUAAUUGGCUGAUAUUUCAUCUUUCGUACUUUGAUAUUUUGUCAUUUAAUGCAUCUUGAUUUAAGAACGCUUUUAGACAUAUGUACUGGAAAACAAGACCAAAAUGUGGACUUAAUUAGUUCAUGGUAAUAUUAAUACAUUUCAUGUUUAAAAAAAAUAAAUAAAUAAAAGCAGUAUCCUGAAGCAAAACCAGCUGAGAACCACGGUACUAGUAUAACCUACCAAUGGACUAGUUAAAGUUAAAGUUUAAAAAUUUUCACCCAAUGCGGGGUUACAACCACAAAUCAAUCAAAAUGGCGUCUGUACAGUAUUACCGCUUUUGAAUGUGAAAGUUAGUGCUUGCAUUCCUUCCGCGGAUCCCCCUCAAGCACUUUUUUUUUGCUACCUACUCAAAUUAAUCAAAGCAUUUAUGCAGAUGUUGCAUUCAGGAACGCAUGAUAUUUGAGAAUAUGCUGUAUGCCGAAAUCUCACGACAAAAGACGAAAUGGAAUUUCGUAUUCAUAUCGAUUCCUCCAAAACUAACGCGAUACUUGAAUAGUUGAUUUGCCUACUGUAUCAAAAGUUCUGCUGUGGAUGAAGCUCAUAAUCUUCACGCACAAAUGCUGUCGCUGCGGUCGUGUCUUCCACUCGUGUUGCUAGCUUGAGCGUAGAGCUAGCCGUUUAUAUUUUGGAUGUCGCGUUUCUGCGCGAAAUAUUCCUAAACGCAAUUCGAAUUGCUGCUGUUUUUCUUUUCUACUUACAGCAGCCGCAUACUAUGGUACUGUCGAAUGAAAACUUUUGAGUUUGUACGUAGCUAUUUUUUUUUACCCGCCGCUGUCAAAUCACUGGACGAAAACAUUGCCGUUAAAUACAGCUGUGGCUAGAUGCUAACCCUCAUUUUGUAAAACGUACCUAGCGUUAGCUUGGAGUCAAAAUUCGGGUUAGCAACUGGCGAUGCACUCCAUUGGUUAUGAAAAAUCAUUGGUUUUCUGAAUUGUUUGUUAUAUUGGAAAUAAUUUUAGCGCAUUGAGAACAUAAUCAAAAUGUGUUAAUUUAUUAGAAAAGUGCCAAAAAUUAAUAUCAAACCCCUGGUAAAUGUAAAAAAAACAUUAAGUUUGAGGUGUUUAUGCCAGGGGUAUUUUGCUACAUCUGGGUUAAUUAAAAUUGCACUAAUUUCUUAAUACUGUUUUUUCCUGUAUAAAUAUAUAUAUAUAUAAAAAGAGGAGUAACUAGAAUAUUUAUACAGAUUAAUUUAACAUGGAAAAAAUAAGUUAAUAGAUUUUUCUUGGACCAUUUAUUCACUCUUUUCCUUGAUUUUGAUCCGACCACUAGUAGAGACAAGUAUUAUCUCACUUGUAAGGGAACAAUUUUAAGAAUUCCAGUUGAAUUGUUGAAUUGAAACCAACUGUGUUGUCAUGUUUGCCCCCAUUUAAUAAAAACCGUUCAAAGAAAA